GGAAAAAAGAGGAGGGUAGACAGAGGGAGGUGGAGAGAGAUAACAGAUCAGAUGGAGGAAGGGAGAGGUAAAGGGAGUGUGAAUUCAGCCUACUCGAGCUAACCUCCACAGGACUGAGUGAAGCUAGAAAUCUUUUACAGAACGGUGGAAUAUCUUGUUUUAUUCCUGCAUCUAUUUUGUGUAUAAGGGAGCUGGUUUGCUUCCUUCUUAAUCUUGCAGAAUGGUGGGUCUCUCAUCCAUGGCUGCUGAGGCAGUGGAGGUGCUGGUUAAGGAGCUUGGUGUGCUGCUGAAGAUGCUGGACCAAGAGAACCUCAGCAUGUCUACCCAGGAGAAGAAAACUUCAGUGAGGAACCUCUUACAGCAGAUCCAAACUUCAGAAUUGGGACCAGAUUACAUCUACGUGAACUCUUCCGUGUACAAAAAUGGGACGAGUUUUGUGGAGUCUUUGUUUGAGAAAUUUGACUGCGAGCUCGGAGACCUUAAGGAAGUCACGGAUUAUCUGAAAGAUGACAAAAACUCACAAGAUGACACUUUAAAACAGAGCUGUACAGACUCCCCUCCCCCGCUGCCCACAACGCCUCCUCCUGAAGAGUACUACGAAGAGGCCGUGCCCCUUAGUCCUGGCAUGGCUCCUGAGUACAUAAUCACACGAGACAGGCCCAGCCCUCCCAACUCUAUCGAUGACGUCUAUGAAGAUACUGACAACCACUACCAGGCAACCAUUAAUUUGCAACGCAAAAACUCCUACAAUGACUCAGAUGCUCUGAGCAGUUCCUAUGAAUCGUACGAGGAGGACGAAGAGGAGCGGAGCCCCGGCGUCACUCAUCAGUGGCCAUCGGACGAGAGCAAUAUGCCUCCCGUCAGAGACUGUCGCAUAUGUGCCUUCUUGCUGCGUAAGAAACGCUUCGGUCAGUGGGCCAAACAGUUCACCGUUAUCCGAGAAAACAGACUACAGUGCUAUAAGAACUCCAAAGACACAUGUCCCUAUGUGGACCUCCUGUUGCCCCAAUGCUCUGUCGUCUACCUACCUAAGGACAUCAAAAAGAAGCACCAUGAGCUGAGGUUCACCUUACCUAAUGGAGAUGGACUGGUUCUGGCAGUUCAAAGCAAGGAGCAGGCUCACAAGUGGCUAAAGGUUGUCCGACAGGCGAGCGGUCAAACCGGAGUACCCGAGGAAGCCACGUCUCCCAUCACCCAGAGGAAACACGAGCUUGACAAGAGGUUGUCCGUAGACAGAAACACAUCUGAUUCAGACAGCGUGGGUGUUUCAGCAGGAGAGAAUAGCAAAGAGAAUGUUAAGGUGAAGCGGGGAGCUUUCGCUGCAGGACGGAAGAUCACACGCAUCAUCAGCUUUUCCAAGAAAAAGUCAUCGCGGUCGGGCGGCUCCCGGACGUCCUACGGUGACCCUCGACAAGGCUACCUGUUGGUGCUGGUGAACCAGGUAUGGAGAGAGCACUGGUGUUGUGUGUGCAGAGGCUCCCUGCACUUCUAUCACGACCGGGGGGACCCGCGGACCUCCCUGCCGUCCCUGCCGCUGAACGGCUGCGAGGUGGUCCCUGGGCUUGGACCCAAACACCCCUUUGCCUUCCGCAUCAUGAAGGACAGCACGGAGAUGGCAGCUCUGGAGGCGAGCAGCUCUGAUGAGCUUGGGCAGUGGCUCGGCGUCAUCCUUGCCGAAACGGGCUCUGCCACGGACCCCGAGUCCCUGCAUUACGACUACGUUGACGUGGAAACCAUCGCACACAUUCGGGACGCCGCUCGAAAUUCCUUCCUGUGGGCUACCUCCUCCAGCAGCACCUCCACCGAUUCCAGGACGUACGACGAGGUCCCUACUGAGGACACGCAGUUAAAGGAGAAAUCAUGUAAUCAAGGGAAGCGACACUCGAGUUACUCCCACAGCAACUUCGGCCAAGACAAGUCGUUAGUCUCCCUGAAGCGAACGGACUCAAACACCAGCCCAUAUGGACGGUAUGGGAAAACACGAGCGGAGGAAGACGCCAAGCGUUACCUCAGAGAAAAAGAAGAGCUGGAAACGGAGCGGGACGGAAUACGGCAUGCGCUGGUGACGCUCCGACAGCAGAAGAGAGAACUGAAGGAACAGCUUAAGGUGGCUUCAGAGAGGAGAAAGUCCUUGCUGGAGAAGCGCGUGUCCCAGCUGGAGGAGGCUUGCAAGGCCAAAGAGGCUGAGAGGGUGGACCUGGAACUCAGACUGACACAGGUCAAAGAAAACCUGAAGAAGAGUCUGGCAGGCGGAGCGCUGGGCGCACCUGUGGAGGCCAGGCCACCUGCCAAGGAGUUCGGCAAAAAAAUCCAGAAUUCCUACAGCAAUUCUUUACCAGUGAACUGCGCCGCGGAGAUGCGAAAGAGGCCGCCGUCGAUUUGCGCGUCCUCUGCUGGAACCGUCAUGCAGAAAGCAAAGGAAUGGGAGUUAAAGAAAAGCAUCUAGGAGAAAUUUUGAUGGAAAAGACUGAAGUAAAUGGAUAUCACAGGGUGUGACUUUUUCCUACCUUCAUUCUUCAUCAGGUUCAUCUGCCAAACUGAUCAAAAAACCCCCGGAGGUUUUCCAUUCCGACAUUUAGGACUUGUGUCGAAAGCAAUACAUAAAUCAGCCAGCAGGUGGAGGUACAAUCCCACUGGAUAUUUGCUCUUUGGAGCUCUGAAACGGUCUGCUUGGGAUACACUAUUUGGACUCUUCACUCACUGCAUUCAUGUAUUUUCAUUGUCUUGAUGGCACUGAAUGGGUCAAGGGAAAGAAAGAAAGAAAGAAAGGGAGAAUCUAUGCGACAAAGGCACAAGAGACGUGCACUGAAAGCAGAGGGAAGUACGUAAAAUGUGGAGUUGGAAGGCACAGAUGGUUGCAGCAUCACAAAUGAUGAAAGUGAAAUGGUGUGCAGGCCAAACCUGACUAAUGUGAUAUUUUGGAAAGAGUCUUACUAUGAGGUGCCUUUCACACAGCGGCAUGUUUUUAUUUGUUUCUUCAUGUACAUAGCGAACUACAACUACUGUUUCUGUUUCAUUCUGCGUCAGACUUUCAUCAUCGUGCAACAAACAGCAUCGUGCAAAAGUUUUAGACACUAAGAGUUGGUCAUUAGAUUUUUUAAAUUAUUCUACUAAAGUCCCUGGCCACACUGAUUUGGCUCCAGCAGCGUCCUACAUUUACUUGAAUCUUUUUUGUAGGUAACUGAAUGACUAACAUAGCGAUGCUACUCUGUGAUCUAUCCCUUUUGUUGUCAUUUAAAUACUUUCUGUCAACUUUUGCACUUUAUGUAAACCUGGAUGAGGGACUAAUAAAUUUGCUUUUCACUGUACAA